UCCUCCACUUCCCUGCUCUUUGGAGUCCAGUUAUGGAGAGGCUGCCUGCUUCAGUCGUCAUGACAACCUCCUCUCAGUCCAACAAAGGGAAAAGGCCAGCAAUGGCCAGAACAAAUUGGGGAGAAGGAAGAGGGGAGAGACCACUUCGAACUGCUGAAUGGGAGAAAGACGUGCGAGAUAGAAAAUCACAUGCGUCCACUGCAGCUGUUGGGUUUCUCCAAAAUCACUGAACGCCUGUGGGGGAGAGGGCAAAGAAGCGCGCUAAAUUCAAAAAAAUGAGUUUUACGGGCUCUAAGAAGUUGAGUAAGCCAUAUCAGGGCGCAUGUGCUCUUGUAGGAAUGAAACAAAGCUGCCGCAUCGCAAAAGCUGUCCUUCUCUUGCUCGUUUUAGAUUAUUGUCUGCAGGCUCACAGUCUAACCUGCCUGAAAGAAACCAUCUAUGCUAACGUGUUUGUGGAAUGGAAAUGCUUCCCAAGUAAAGAAGAUGCAGAAUGCUACUCUCUCCGAAACAGUCAUAUAAAAAACAGCAACCACACGCUUGUGCUGAAUAGUUCUGCACUUAAUGAAUGCAUUCCGGAUUGCAGAACAUAUAUCAAUGAACUCAAUGUAAAUGAGAAGUACUACAUUGAUGUGACAGCAGUCAAAAACAAAGACAUUCUGGAAACAAGGUCUUUCAGUAUUUAUACAUUUGAAGAAUCUAUCAUUAAAACAGAAACAACAACCACACGUGCUUUCUUCAGGUGGAAUCCUCCAGACAGUGAAGUUCAAGUUUCUCUAAUGCUCAAUACUUUUACAUGGCGUGUACCAAAAACUCAAAGCACUUAUCAAGUUACUGACUUAAAACCUGGUACACCUCACAAUUUUUCUGUGGAAUUUAAGACGCAAAUCCCAAACAUGAAUGUGGUAGUGACACAAACACUAAAUAUUCUUCUUGAAACAGCUUUAUGCCCCCUAGGUUGGGUGCAGUUUGACAGAAGCUGCUAUAAGACUUGGAAAAACGCAAGAAAAUGGAGUGAUGCUCAGAAGUCCUGUGAAUUAUCAAUGGCAGGUGCUCACCUCGUUGAUAUUGAAACUGAAGAAGAGUUCCAUUUCAUAUCAUCAUACCUCAGUACUCUGAAUUAUAUGGUCAUGCUUUGGACUGGUCUCAAUGACAAACAGCGAGAAGGAGAGCUUCGCCAGUCUGAUGGAUCAGUCUCUAAUCUGAAGAAUGAUGUGCCAGAGCCACUUCAUAUUCUGCCUCCUAAUGAGACGGACUGCUUUGCUUUAAAAAUGAAUGCCACUGGUCCAAACUACUACUACACAGGCUUUUUCUGCUAUAUUCCACUGCCAUAUCUUUGCCAGUACACAUUUUCCACAGCACCAGCAGAUUUUGAAUUUGAGGCGGAGGAUGUUAAGGAGAAAGAGGCCGGUUUCAAAUGGAGCAAUCUGGAACACUGGCUGAAGCCAGAAGAGAAGACAAGUUUAUUAAUUCAGUAUGAAGAAGAAUUGUCAACAGAGCAGUGGCACACAAGAAGCCUUCCUCUCAAUGGCACACGUCUGACCAUUUCAGGAUUGUCUCCUGGUCAUGUCUACCUUUUUUCAUUCAAAGUAAUGCAUCAUGGUGGUGCUUCAAGAACCCUUGGCCCCAUUCGUAAAGUGCAAACAAGACCUAAUCCUCCACAAAAUAUUACAGUAAAGAAAGUAACAUCAAAGGAAAUACCAUUGUAUUGGACUGCUCCAGAUAACUCCCAUAAUGCAUCAUUUGAUCAUUAUUUGAUCACCUGUGUGGAUGUUGCUACCAGUAUGAAAAAGAGCCUUGUUGUUGAAAACUACAAAACAUCAGCUGUCAUAACCAACCUCAAGUCCUUUCACCUCUUUAGCAUCAACAUACAGACUGUGUCAGCAUUUGGCUCAUUAAGCUGUGUGGAUUUACCACUCUUCAUAACCACAGCUGUCAGCCCCCCUAGCAGGGUUUAUAUAAACCCAGAAGAUGUGGGAGUAGAGAAUGUUACAGUGCAUUGGGAAGUGGAACAAGAAGAGGAUAUUGAUGAGUAUUAUGUCCUAGUGAGAUCAGUCACUGUUGGAGGUGACACGAAAAGCUACUGGGUAAACAGCUCAAACAGUUUUAAACUUAGCAUGCUAAGUCCUGGCAUGACGUAUGAGAUAGGGGUGGCUGCAGUUAAGAGUGGAAACAUGAGUGAGAUGAAGACUGUCCUACAGACUUUAAAUCCUGAAAGAGUUCAGAUAGUUGUUCCUUAUGAACAAAACACACAUUCUGUUGUACUUUACAUUCAAAUGCCACAUGCUGGCAUAUUUGAUGGAGUAAAUAUUACAUACAAAGGAGGAAGCCAAAGAAAAAUUCUCCCUGACAGUAAUGAUAAGAUAACCAUUGAACAUCUGACACCUGGAACCAAUUAUGACUUUUCUGUGUACACAACAAGUGGAAACAUGGCCAGUGCAGUCUACCAUGUUCCAGAUGUAAAAACCUGUCUGGCUCCACCAACAAAUGUCCAUGAAGGGAAAGUCUCAGAAACGUCGAUAGAUGUUCAGUGGAAUAGAGCUGAAGGGAGCUUUCAGCAGUAUGAAGUUAUAUGUAUUAACUGUGCUGCCACGUUCACGGUUAAAAAAAUCAAAGAUGAAAGAGCCUUGUUUACAAACCUUAUUCCUGGACAGAUGUAUAAUUUUUCUAUUCGAACUGAGAAGGACAAUUUCAAGGACAGCAUGCAGGUGCUGCAGCAAAUUCAAACAGCACCAAGCCAAGUUGAAUUGUUGGAGUUCAAUAAGAGUUCUAAUACCAUAUCUGUAAGCUGGUCAGCAGGUCAGCAUAUAUUUGAUGGCUUUGUUCUGUCCAUAACAAAUGGAAGUUUUAAUAAAGAAAAAAAGUUCAGUUUUCUUGAUCCAAGAUAUCACCAGUUUAGAGAUCUCACUCCUGGAAGCAGCUAUAACAUUGACAUAGUGACCACAAGUGGAACGAAGAGGAGUCUUCCAAAUGUUAUCCAUGUUACAACAUAUCCAGAACCCCCUGUGGACAUACAUUUCAUUGAGCAAGAUGAAAACUCUAUAUAUGUGACUUGGAGUCAUCCACGUGGCUAUGUUGAUGGUUAUAAGCUCAGCUAUGGUUUGUCAGGAAGCAAGGAAACUCUUUAUAAAACCACCCUCCGCAACAAUACAAUUAGAAUUAAAGAUCUGGCUCCUGGAAUUGAGUACUUAUUCAAACUCCAGUCUUUAAAAGGAUCAGAGACGAGUGCUGCUGUUACCAAAAUAGUUACCGCACGGCCAUCUGGGAUAUGCUCACUGUCUUUAACAUAUAUUAACACAUCAGCAGCUGGAAUAAUGUGGAAAUCAAGCCCUGGAAAAUUUGACUAUUACAAGAUCAGUAUUUCAAACAUUUCCUUUAUUUAUGAAUUAAAUAUCUCAAAAGAGAGCCUAAAUUAUACAGCCUCAGGCCUAUUUCCUGGAAAUCUCUACAAUAUUACAGUGCAGAGAGUCAGAUUAGGGAUUACUGGGAUGGCUGCAUUUGUGACGGUAGUGACAGAACCCGACAGGCCACAGGAUGUGCGAGUUGUUAGUACAUCUUCUGACAGAUUUUCUCUUCGAUGGAGAGCACCCUCUGGGCAUGUCGACAGAUACCAAGUGGAUGUCACCCCUAAUGAAGGCAUCAUUACUGUCACUAACCUCAGUGCUGAGGAGUCACAGGCUGAUGUUUCUAGUGUCACACCUGGGCAGCCCUACACAGUUACUGUCAGUGCAGUUUCUUCAUCAGCAUACAGUUCACCUGUUAGUAGAAUUGUUACAACAAAUGAAACGACUCCAGGUGCUCCUUUAAAUCUUGAAGGAGAGAGGGUUGGUUCAACAGGUAUCCUGCUGUCCUGGACAGUACCACCAGAGCCCAAUGGAAAAAUUCUUUCCUAUGCUAUUAAGUACAAAGAAGUCUGCCCUUGGCCUGAUUCAUCAUUUACUCAAGUGCUAACGUACUCUGAUAUUCCAGAAUUUCUUCUCAACACUCUCACCCCUGGAUCCACUUACAACAUAAAGGUGGCAGCAGAAAAUAGUGCAGGCAUUGGAGUUUUUACCAGCUCACUUUACUUCAAAACAGCUGAAAGCCCUCCUGGCCUUGUUACAAAUCUCACUGCUUUUUCAUACAAUCACUCAACUGUGAAGGUUACCUGGUAUCUACCCAUACGCACAAAUGGACUUAUUACUAAAUUUUCCAUCAAAGUAAAACAUGCUCGAAAUGGACAAACCGUAAGAAGUUGGGAAGUCAAUGCAGAAGACAUCAUGAAAGGGACUUUACCUCACUGUAAUGAUGCGGCUGAAAUCCUCUCAAGAAGUACACCCAGCCCCUCUGUGUCCUCUCUGUUGACUUCCGCCUCUUCUCCACCGAUGACCAUAUCAGCCAUACCUCCUGCAUCCUCCUGGGCUAAACCAAUCAGCGUGGUGGUGGACCAGCUGAAAUCUUACACUGCUUACGUGUUUGAAGUUUCUGCUUUCACCAGUGAUGGGGAGGGACAGAUUGCAAGUUACAUGGUCAGAAUGCCAGAAUCAGCACCUGAAGACCCACCUCAGAAUCUCACAGCAUGGAAUAUCACUUCAAAAUCUUUCUCAGUGUCUUGGGAUGCUCCAACCAUUGUAACAGGAAGAUUCAGCUAUGUAAUUGAGCUACAUGGACUUUUGGGGUUUAUCUUUGAAAACACCACAAGUGAUAUGAGGUUCUCAUAUUUUGGACUGACUCCAUACACAACAUAUACAGUGGUUGUUCGUGCAAAAUCUGCAGGAGCUUUGGGGCCUCAUGCCAACACAACUGUGUUAACUCCAGCUGAAGCUCCUAGUGAAGUUAUUGGCUUGAAAGCAACAGUCAUUGAUUCAACAUCUGUGAAGCUAUCAUGGAAAAGCCCACAGCAUCCAAAUGGAAUAAUUACCCAAUACAAGAUUCUUGUUUUAAUGAAAGGGCUUCAUGUCCAAAGCAUCUUUCUUAGAGGAAAAGUGAAGGACUUAAAUUACACCACAUUAGACAGCGAUGGUAUGGUAAUACAGAAUGUUACCUUAGGCAACUCUGAUCUUUAUGAAGGCACAACUGAUUUGAUUUCAUCAACUUUGUCACCGGUUUCUCCACUUACUUCAUCAUUUCCUUCAUCCGCAAAAAUACCGUUUCUCGCGGACAGGCCAAGCACCACCUCUCACACCUCUGAAAGUAGCACAGCAUCUUUUGUUACACAAGCUCCAUUAACAUCAUCACUGCCACAGACUUCCUUGCAUGCUGGAACUUUGAGGUCAUGGUCAUCUAAUGCUGCUUAUUCACUGCCUUACACUGCUACUGACAACGCCAAGCCUACUGAAGGAAAUGGAGCUACCACAAAGGCGCCCUUGAGUUUCACCUCAACAUCUGGAUCAUUACCCACAGAAACAGCUGCCCCACCAGAGGAGAUCUUACGGUUCACUUCCUUCGACUCUAAUCCAACACGCCCUCGUGUUUCAGCACGAGCUGCUGUCUUUGCUGAUGUUCCAGGAGUGAAAGUUACAAACAUUGAAGUCCCAGAUAUCUCAGCUGAUCAAAUCUCAUAUUUUGUUACAAACCUCAUUCCUUUUACUGAGUACACCUUUAGCGUGUCUGCCUUCACUGCUGUAGGAGAAGGACCACCAACCAAAAUAUCAGAGAAAACAAGGGAACAAGUACCAAGUUCUGUACAAAAUGUGUAUUAUCAGAAUAUAAGUUCAACAUCAAUUUUGUUGUCCUGGGACCCUCCCCUGAACCCCAAUGGCAAAAUUAUCCAUUAUACUGUGUAUGGGAUGGAUUUGCUAACAAAGGAAGCUUUUCACAAAAUCGCAAAUCAGACACAAAUUAUCCUCUCAGGAUUGAAAAAGUACACAGAGUACAAACUGCGUGUAGCUGCAUCGACCAUUGUGGGAGAAAGCUCCCUUUCUGAGGAAGAUGACAUCUUUGUUAUAACACCUGAGGAUGAACCAGAGUCACCUCCUACGAACCUUACCGUUAUUGAGUUGACUGCUUCCACUGCUAUAAUCAAAUGGUCACCUCCAGAAAAGCCAAAUGGAAUUAUUAAGUAUUACCAAGUUUUGUAUGAAAAUUCUACAUCCUGGUUAACAGUGAACAGCUCAACGACAAGUGUCAAGCUUAAAAAUUUAAAACCUUUCUCUUUCUAUAAUGUUUCGGUAAGAGCCUAUACCAAAUAUGGAUAUGGAAACCAAACAUCCACAACCUUAACACUGCUGACUAGUGAAGAUGCUCCUGGCAGUCCACCAUUUAAUUUGACAUAUGGGAGUAUUAGUUCCACCAAGAUAACAGUUUCAUGGCUAUCCCCACUGCAUGCCAAUGGCAUUAUACUAUCUUACACAGUACAAUACUGGAAUGCAUCCCACUCCCUGAAUAUCAGCACUAAUAGCACUAAAGUCAUCAUAUCCAACCUAAAGAAAAAUGCAUGGUACUGGAUAACUGUGGUGGCUAACACCAAGUUUGGGAGUGGAAACCAGACCAGUGAUGUUUUAAAUGUGACAACGCUUGAAGAUGUUCCAGAUGGACCCGUUAGCAAUCUUAAUGCCCAAAACAUUUCUUCAACGACCAUCAGUGUGAGUUGGCUUCCACCAGAUUCACCAAACGGCAGAGUGUUUUACAUGGUCUCCUUAAGGGAAGCUCAGACAAACACUCCUACAUUAAAACUGACAACCAACAAAACAGUCAUACUUUUUGAGAAUCUCCAGAAAUACACGGACUAUAUUUUAGAAGUGACGGCAGCAACGGUUGCAGGCUUUUCUGAAAACACUACUACAAUAAAAUACCUGAGAACCGAUGAAGACAUACCAGGAUCACCACCUUUGAUCAGCUCUGCUACAAAUCUCUCGUCGUCAUCUAUUCGGGUUUCCUGGAAACCACCCAAUCAACCAAAUGGAGUCAUAUUAAACUACUCCAUUGCGCUUGCAGGACCCACUGGACCUAGUAUCUCUUUUACUUCUAAUACUAGCCUGAUUUUGUCUAAUCUUACCCCAUUCACACCAUAUAAUGUGUCAAUUUCUGCUAUAAACAAAAGAGGUAUUGGGCCUUCAACCUCAUUUCUCCUAUACACAGAUGAAGCAGAACCAUCGUCUCCACCACAAAACCUGAUGAUAUCUAAUUAUACAGCGAAUUCCAUGUGGCUAAAGUGGAACCCUAGUCCUGAGCCAAAUGGAAUUGUGCAGCUCUACAAUUUUAAAAUAUUUGAAAACAAAAGUCAGACCUUAUCAUAUCAGAAUACAUCAGGACGUGUGACAGAAACACAGUUAUCUGGAUUUAAACCCAGUGGCUUCUAUGAAAUCAGUGUCUCUGCUUUCACAAAAGUAGGAAAUGGAAAUCUCUUCAGCAAUUCUGUUACAUUUAUAACAAAUGAAUCAGUUUCAGAUGUUGUUCAAAACCUUCAUUGUAUUGGGACAAACUGGCAGUCGGUCUUUAUUGAAUGGGAAUCCCCUAUUGAUCCGAAUGGAGUUAUCACUCAUUAUAUUAUAGAGUUUGGGCAUAAUGUGCAGGAACUCAAGCCAUUUGAACUCAAGCGCACAAUUAGAGGGCUACAUGCAAACACAACUUAUGUCUUUCUUGUCAUGGCUGUGAAUUCUGCUGGAAAAGGGAAAAACCAUUCAUGCAUUGCCAGGACAUUAGAAGAAUCAGUUCCAAGUGCUCCUCGGAAUCUAAAUGUCAGUGACAUCCAGUCAACAAGUGUGACCUUAAGUUGGUCUCAACCUGACACGAUUCCUGGCUACCUGCAAGAGUACCAGAUCGUGGUGCAACGUCUGUCCACGUGGUGUAAUGAUUGGAUCACAGCUGAAUGUGUCGAAAAUGAAGCAAUGCACUAUACAAAUGGCACAGAUGAGGUCCUGGAGGUCACAGUAUAUUCUCUUAUGAAAUUCAGACGAUACAGGUUUCGUAUUGCAGCCCGAACAAAUGCUGGUUAUGGCAAUGCUUCAGAAUGGAUAACUACAGAAACAUUACCAGGGCAUCCUGAUGCUGCUCCUGAAAACGUUACUGUGGUAGUUUCUUCCAACAACAUGAAAAUUAGCUGGGAGGACCCUGAGGUUGUUACAGGACCCACAUUUUAUCUCAUAGACAUCACUUCUGUAGACUCUGAUGUUUUCAAUUACACCUUGGUGAGGAGAAAUGAAGAAACGAAGAAUGUUGUGGUAUCAAAUCUGACAGCAUUUACAAGGUACUCUGUAAUAGUAACAGCCUUUACUGGAGAUGUGAAGGAUGCAAGGGUACAUGGAAAAGCCAGUAAACCUAUAUAUGUCAGAACACUUGAAGAUGAACCUAAGGACCCACCUAAAAAUGUGACUUUUCAAACAAUACCGAACAAUGUAACCAGAGUUUAUGUAACAUUUUCACCCCCUGUUGAACCAAAUGGAAAUAUUAGUGCAUACUGGGCUAAAGUUUUCAGAGGAGGUACCCUUGACUUUGAAAUAAAAAGUCUCCCAAUAACUGAAAAUGAAAACCAUACUUUGACAGCUGUCAUAGAGGGAUUAAAAGGGGGACACACCUACAGCAUCAGAAUCUCUGCUGUCAAUGGAGCUGGUCCAGGUCCCAGUGCGGAAGUAAAAAUUACCAUGGAUACCUUGGCACCACCUGUACCCAGCAGAAAGCCAGUGCCGGCCCUUGACAGAGGUGGAAGUGUCAUUGCUACAUCAAGAACAAUUACAAUCAGGAUGCCUGUCUGUUUCUUUACUGAUCAUCAUGGACCAAUUGAGAAAGUACAGGUUAUUGUUGCAGAAGCUUCAGUAAGUGAUGAUAACAAUGUAACCACUUGGAAAGAGGCCUUUUUCAAUAAACCGAAACCAUAUUUCACCAGUGAAGGCUUUGGAAACCCUUUGUGCUCUGAAAACACAAGACUGUUUACCGGGGUGGACACUUAUGUUAUUGGGGCUGAAGAUAACUGUUUGUCUAUGGAGAAAGACAAUAAACUUUGCAAUGGUCCUUUAAAGCCUAAAAAACAAUAUGUGUUUAAAUUCAGAGCGACAAAUUCCAAAGGACAAUUCACAGAUUCUUCUUAUUCAGAUCCUGUUGUGACUAAAGCUGACCGUUUGUUGAAUCGAGAUGAUCAAAUAAUCCUCGGUGUGGUUUUGUCCAUUGUGUUAGCAGCUUUUCUUGUGCUUGUUAUCUAUGCUUUUGCAAGGAUCAGGCAAAAGCAGAAAGAAGGAGGAACUUAUUCUCCACGGGAUGCUGAAAUAAUUGACACUAAAUUCAAGCUUGACCAGCUGAUAGCUGUAGCAGACCUGAAAAUGAAGGAGGAGAAGUUAAAUCGGUAUUCUUCGUUUUUCUUUAGACGGAAGGAAAUAUUUGUCAUCCAGCUUCUCAGUUAUAGAAAGUCACUCAAACCUGUUAACAAGAAAUCAUUCCUUCAACACGUUGAGGAUCUCUGUGCUAAUGACAAUGUGAAGUUCCAAGAAGAAUUUUCGGAACUUCCAAAACUGCUUCUAGAUCUUGCAACAUCAGAUGCUGACCUGCCCUGGAACAGAUCCAAGAACCGCUUCACAAACAUCAAGCCAUAUAACAACAACAGAGUCAAACUUAUGUCUGAGCUCGGUGUACCAGGAUCUGAUUACAUCAAUGCCAGUUAUGUGUCAGGCUAUCUGUGUCCAAAUGAGUUCAUAGCCACCCAAGGUCCAUUACCAGGCACUGUUGCAGAUUUCUGGAGAAUGAUAUGGGAGACCAGAACCAGGACUAUAGCCAUGCUAACACAGUGUUUCGAGAAAGGCAGAAUCAGAUGUCAUCAGUACUGGCCUGAAGACAAUAAGCCAGUUACUGUGUUUGGAGAUAUUGUCAUCACCAAAUUGGCAGAGGAUGUUCAUCCAGACUGGACUAUUCGUGUUCUGAAAGUUGAAAGGCAUGGUGAUUACAUGGUUGUAAAUCACUUCAAUUUCACCUCUUGGCCAGAACAUGGAGUACCUGAAUCUAGCACUGCACUAAUCCAAUUUGUUAAAUUCAUUCGCGCUAACAGAGCCCAUGAUAACACAACUAUUGUGGUACAUUGCAGUGCUGGAGUUGGAAGAACAGGUGUGUUUAUUGCUUUAGAUCACCUCAUACAGCAUGUAAGGGACCAUGAUUUUGUGGACAUUUAUGGUCUUGUUGCAGAGCUACGCAGUGAGCGAAUGUGUAUGGUACAAAACUUGGCGCAGUACAUGUUUUUGCAUCAGUGUACACUUGAUCUGCUCUCAAGCAAAGGAAACAGCCAGUCUGUUUGGUUUGUAAAUUAUUCAGCUCUUGAAAAGAUGGACUCUUUGGAUGCCAUGGAAGGUGAUGUUGAACUUGAGUGGGAAGAAACUUCAAUGUAAUUCUGAUAAUUAUUUCAUGAGGUUAACUGAUUUUCAUCAAAGAUUAUGAAGUUGGGUGGACUUGUUUGGACACUGGGGCCAAAACCUUGUACAGUACAUAGGCUUUCCCCUGAAUUGCUAUGCUUACCUCUGUGCCUUUAUUUCAAGUCCCACUGUAGAUCAUAAAUGACAAUAAGCAAUAUGAAAAUCUUUGCACAUGAAGUUGAUUGCAUUUAAGCAAAAUCUUGCACUGAUAAUUUAAAGUCUCUUUUCUUCUUACUUUAGAUAAUUGUAUUUUUUGUAUGAUAAAUCAAGCCAAACAAGUCUUUGAAUCUGGAUUUUGUUUUGUGUGUAUAUGUUGGGUGAAUAUAACUUGAUAUGUUUUUUUGAUGUAAAGAUUCUAUUUCUUUAGACUAAGUGUUUUUUUGGCCUCUGUAUUGUUGAUAUUUCUUGUGGUUUACUUCCAGUACUGUCACAAUAAACCCUAUUUAAGUAUAUGUUCUUUUGCUCUGAAUUCUAAGCAUUGUGUUUUGUGGCAGAGUAUAUCAUGAUCCUUAACAGCUGAAAGUCAACCCUUGACACUGAGGAGAUUUAUCUAGCACUCCAGAGCACACAGUAGCUCUUCAGAGACUCACGGGAGAUUUUAAACCAACCUCUUACUGUCCAAGUUACCUCGACCUUUCCCCUUACUCAUGCAUUUAUGAUGUCUUAGAGAAGAAAACAUUCCAUUCAGUGAAUUGCUAAGACAUGAGGAACAAUUGAUGUCGCUUUCCAAUAAUAUUAUGUGUGUAAUAAUUAGAAUCCAUAUGUAAUAAUAAAGGUUAUUUCAAGAUACCAGGUUUCACACACCAAUUUGUACCUCAACUUGUAUAAUAGAAGUGGUCAUUGUUUUUAAUAACAUAGUUGAAGAAAAUAUAUUUAAAACUAAUUACAUUUCACUGAUAUGGUGCUUAUUUUACCAAAUGUUUAAAUUGUUUCAUAUGCAUUAUUCAUGACUGUAGAUGUUACAUACUGUAGAUCAAAUUAAAAUACAUAGUAACACAAAACAUGCCCUGUAGUGUGAAAAAAAGCUAAUUGCCCCUCAAAGAAUAAAAAUGAAAUGAUUUAUAACCUCUCUUCAUAAGUAUUUGAAAAUGCAAGGAUUAUGCAUAUAUAAGAGUAUUUAUAUGAUAAAAUACAUAUUGUAGCAUCAGUCUGUUCUUCACUACUGACUGAUAUCUCUGGGAAUCGAGUGUCUGUGGUUUUAACAGCAAUGCUUUUUGAGAAUGACCCAAGGCUUAGGGUUUAAUGGUGGGUGAUGUGUUAGAGUAGGUUGGACAGUCUCUGUGGAAGAUAGGGAUUAAUGAUUUAAAAAUGCUUAAAGGAUAGCUGUCCAAAUAUUGCAAAGAGGAACAUUUAUUAUCUACUAAGUUGUUUUACUAUAUAAUUAUAAGUUAUUUUUGCUCAUAUUGUAAACAUCAGCACAACCCCCUCAUACUGGUUUUCAGCAACACACCAUAACCAUGCUUCACCUCCUUAAUAAGUCAAUGUUGUUUAAAAUAAUAAUUUUAUUAGCAGGACAGAUUUUGCUUCCAUGUAUAAUUGU